AUCUAUUAAGCUUAGCCAAUUACAUACUUCUUUCCAACCAGAAACCUUGUUAGUUUGUGUUUGAAUAAUAAUUUAGGAUAUCAUCAUCGGAGGAGAUGGGCGGAGACGGCAAAGUGUUCACCUUGGCAGAGGUUUCUGAGCAUAGCAGCAGCCAGGAUUGUUGGAUCGUCAUCGAUGGCAAGGUUUAUGAUGUGACAAAGUUCUUGGACGACCAUCCUGGUGGUGACGAGGUCAUCUUGACUUCUACAGGGAAAGACGCGACGGAUGAUUUUGAGGAUGUGGGACACAGUUCCACUGCAAAAGCCAUGCUUGAUGAGUACUACGUCGGUGAUAUCGACUCCGCCACUGUCCCUGCCAAAACCAAGUUUGUUCCUCCUCCUCCUAACCAGACCACCCAGUCUACCCAGAGCUCCGAUUUUCUCAUUAAGAUCCUUCAGUUCCUUGUUCCUCUUCUUAUCUUAGGCUUGGCUCUCGGUAUCCGCUCUUACACCAAGACCCCUUCCUCUUGAGGAGUGUCUUUGAAUGUGUACUACGUGUUUGCCCCCUUUAUCUCUGCCUGUCUUUGUAAGACUUCAGAUUAUUAUAUUCUCUUUUUGCAACAAACUGGAUUAUGUAAGAGACUUUUGUUUGUCUUUUAAUUAAAUCAAAUCCAUUUUACAAGAA